CGGAGCCAUGGACGGACACACGGACAGCUCGUGGCUGGGAGCCCCCCUGGAGCAGUUGCCCACCCCGGCGCUGACCCUGGACCGGGCCACGCUGCGCGGGAACGCCGAGAGGAUGCGGGAGCGCUGCCGGGCCCUGGGGCUGCGCCUGCGCCCCCACGUCAAAACACACAAAACCCUGGAAGGGGCGGAGCUGGCGACGGGCGGGACCCGCCGGGGCAUCGUGGUGUCCACGCUGGCCGAGGCUCGCUUCUUCGCGGCCGGGGGCUUCGAUGACAUCCUGUACGCGUUCCCGGUGCCACGGUGGCGCCUGGCCGAGUGCUCGGAGCUCGCCCAGCGCCUCCAGGAAUUCCAGGUGCUCCUGGACAGCCCCCAGGGGCUGGAGCUGCUGCUCCAGAACCCCCUUCCCAAUGGGAAGCGCUGGCUCGUCUGGCUCAAGCUGGACUGCGGGAAUGGCCGGGCCGGGAUUCGUCCCACGGAUCCCGAGGCGCUGGCCCUGGCGCGCUCCAUCGCCCAGGGCUCCCCGCAGCUGGUGACACUCGUGGGGGUCUACGCGCACUGCGGGAACACCUACGGCUGUCGCGACAUCCCGGCCAUCCAGGCCAUCGCCAGGGACACCACGGCCGCCGUGCUGGAAUUCGUCACCGCGCUGCGGCAGGCGGGGAUCCCGUGUCCCCAGGCCACCAUCGGCUCCACCCCGUCCUGCAGCCACCCGGUGCCGGAGAUGUCGCAGCUCACCGAGGUGCACCCGGGCAAUUACCUGUUCUACGACCUGCAGCAGACCCAGCUGGGCUCGUGCCGGCCCGAGGAGGUGGCCAUCCGUGUCCUCACCAGGGUCAUCGGCCACUAUCGCCACCGCGGGCAGCUGCUCGUGGACUGCGGCUGGGCCGGGCUGAGCCUGCACGGCCGCGACCAGGGACCCGCGGGCUGUGCCGCCAUCGAGGGCCACCCCCAGCUCCGGCUGGUGGGGCUGACCCAGGAGCACGGGCAGGUGGAGGCUGUGGACGGGGAGCUGGAUUUCGAGCAAUUCCCGGUGGGAAGCAUCCUAGCGCUCAUCCCGUACCAUGCCUGUGCCACGGCCGCCAUGCACCCCGUGUACUUCGUGCACGCUGCCGGGAAGGUGGUGGAGCUCUGGCGCCCCGUGCGCGGCUGGUAGAGACGAGAGAGAGGAGAUUCUGGGGGGAUGCACCCGCACCCAGACCCUGCACCCACCCUGGACCGAGACUCUGCACCCACCCUGGGACCCUGCACCCACCCUGGACCAAGACCCUGCACCCACUCCCACAGUCAUUCCCACUCCCUGCACCCACUCCAUGUCCCUGUCCCUCCACCCACGCCGGAAUGCUGCGCCCACGCUGAGACCCUGCCCCACCCCCCAGGUGCUGCACCCACACCGGGGCUCAAUAAAGCUGCUUCUCCCGC